GCCCACGGCCGUGACCUUGUGUGAGGGGAAGGGGGGGGGGCUUGGGGACACCCCGGGGACACCCCCGGAUUUAUCGCGACAGCGGCGACAGCGGCGACAGCGGCGACAUGGCCGGGCUGGGGAUGGGAGCGGGGCUGCGGCUGCUGCGGCGGAUCCCGCCCGGAAUUGGGGCGUCCCGGCUGCAGAGCACGCAUCAGGCGCAGGCUGUGCUCCCCAAAACCGGGACCUCCACGGCCACUGCAGCCCCCCCAAAAACCCGGAGCAGCCUCGAGGAAUCCAAAUCUUUCGCCGUGGGGAUGUUUUUGGGGCGCCUGAACGUGGAGCAGGUGUUCCCUUAUCCCUCAGUCUUGACCGAGGAAGAAGAACAAACCCUCCAGGAACUCGUGCCUCCCCUCAGCCGCUUCUUUAAGGAAGUGAACAACCCCGCCAAAAACGACGCCUUGGGGAAGGUGGAGGACGAGACCAUGAAAGGGUUAAAGGAGUUGGGGGCGUUCGGGCUCCAGGUGCCCCCUGAAUUUGGGGGUUUGGGUCUCAACAACACCCAGUACGCUCGGCUGGUGCAGAUCGUGGGCCAGCACGACCUGGGGGUGGGGAUCACGCUCGGAGCCCACCAGUCCAUCGGCUUCAAGGGGCUGCUGCUCUUCGGGAACCGCGAGCAGAAGGAGAAAUACCUGCCCCGCCUGGCCACGGGGGAAUGGGUGGCAGCUUUUUGCCUGACAGAACCCGGCAGCGGCUCCGACGCCGCCUCCAUCCGGACCAGAGCCACUCCCAGCCCCUGUGGAACCUUCUGGACCUUGGAAGGAGAAAAACUUUGGAUCAGCAACGGCGGCAUCGCCGAGCUCUUCACGGUUUUUGCCAAGACUCCGAUAAAAGACGAAAAAACGGGAGAAUCCAAGGAAAAAAUCACGGCUUUCAUCGUGGAGCGAGGAUUCGGCGGCGUCACCCAUGGUCCCCCCGAGAAGAAGCUGGGAAUCCGCGCUUCCAACACCACGUCCGUUCACUUUUCCGACGUCCGAAUUCCCGCCGGGAACGUUCUGGGAACGCCGGGAUCGGGAUUCAAGGUGGCCAUGGCCAUCCUCAACAACGGCCGCUUCGGAAUGGCCGCAGCCAUGGCUGGAACCAUCCGGGGGCUCAUGGAGCACGCGGUUUCCCACGCUUCCAACCGCACCCAGUUCGGAGCCAAAAUCCACGAAUUCGGAGCCAUCCAGGAAAAAUUGGGAAGGAUGGCGAUGCUGCAUUACGUCACCGAGUCCAUGGCUUUCCUGAUCAGCGCCAACAUGGACAGGGGCGAUCCCGACUUCCAGAUCGAGGCGGCCAUCAGCAAAAUCUUCGGAUCCGAAGCCGCCUGGGCUGUGGCCGAUGAGUGCAUCCAGGUCAUGGGGGGGAUGGGAUUCAUGCAGGAGCCGGGUGUCGAGCGCGUCCUGCGGGAUUUGAGGAUUUUCCGCAUUUUCGAGGGAACCAACGACGUCCUGAGGCUGUUCCUGGCUCUGCAGGGCUGCCAGGUUUUGGGGCUGCAGCUCCGGGGGGUUCAGGCGGCUCUCAGGGACCCCCUGGGCAACGUCGGGGUCCUGACAGGGGAAGUGGCCAAGAGAAUCCGCAGGAAAGCCGGGCUGGGCUCGGGGCUCUCCCUGCAGCACCUGGUGCACCCCGAGCUGAAGGACGGAGCUCAGCAGACCAUGCAAUGCUUGGAACUCUUCUCCGAAACCACCGAAGCUCUGCUGCUCAAACACGGCAAAAAAAUCGUGGAGGAACAAUUCGCCCUGAAACGCGUGGCCGACGCCGCCAUCGACAUCUACGCCAUGGUCGUGGUUUUAUCCCGAGCCUCGAGGUCGCUGAGUUCGGGGCUCCCCACGGCCCAACACGAGCGGCUCCUCGCCCUGAGCUGGUGCCAGGAGGCCCACGAGCGCGUCCUGGGGUCGCUGCGGCCGCUCCCGACCCGAAGCUUCCGGAACUUUCGGGACCUUUCGGGAGCCGUGGUGGAGAACGGGGGGGUGGUGGUGCCAACCCCCCUGGGAUUCUGAAACACCCCAAAAACCCCACAAAAUACCCCAAAAACACCAAAAAAUACCCCAAAAACAGAGAAAAAUGACCCAAAAAUGACCCAAAAUACCCCAAAAACACCAAAAAAUGCCCCAAAAAUGCCUUCAAAUGACCCAAAACCAC